CUAACAAUUAUGAUAAAACUUUCUUGCAAAAAUAAGGAGCCACUCCCCUUAAACUCCUUGUUGACCACGCCCCUCAACUAAAAUGGGGAAUUCUCACAGCAGUCAAGAAGACGACCUUAAGACCAAGUAUCAAGAACUUAGUAAAGAGAAGAAAGGAUACGCCAUUUUACUCGGAAAUGAGCCACUCGAUCUCACAAGGAAAGAGGAAACAGUUGGAGCUAGACUCAGUUAUUUAGAAGAAUCCUUAACUGAUGUUGGAGUCAUUGAAGUAAUGACACCAUUCAUGACUCAAGGCGGUAGCUCUGAUACAAGAACAGCUGGUUUUACAAAGGACCAGUUCCAGCGUGUUCUCUUGAUGCAUUUUGAUGCUGACAUGUUGAGGAAUUUAUCUCGAUACUCGUGUUAUUGCGCAAUAUACAGUGGGCGGGGCUCUCAAGAGGGCAUCCUUACAAAGUCGAACCAGGUUGUUCCGUUUGUUGAAAUAAUAUCAUCAAUAUGUCACCAUUCCUCGGGUCAUGGUAAACCAACCAUAUUCAUAUUCGACUGUUUAUUUGAGACUACCCCGCCUCCAAACAUCGCCGUUGUCAUGGAUACUCUCAUGGAGAAGCUCCACCCACUUCCUAACGACGUUCUUAUUUGUUUGACGGGACAGACUGCAAGACCUGACGAGGUCCCGGGGGUUUUUACGCUCGAGUUUGCUCAAAUUUACGAAGAGUUUUCUCACUGUUUAACGCUCCCAGCCCUGCUAGUGAUGGCUGGAUUGAAGGUGUGUUUAACGAGUAGCCAUAUUGUUCAAAGACCAGUGAUAUGGACGACACUGACUGAUGAACUGGCCAUUGGAGCUAACGAUCCUUCGAUUCCAACUGUCAAUGAUGUUCAAGCCUGGUCUACUUAUUGCUGCAAUGUUAUCAAAAAACACAGUAGUGCUCCACUCCCUAAGCCUGAUGCCACGCCCGGCUGUGGCCGCAGAGUCUUUAUAAUUUAUGCCUCUGACUCUUGUGGGCGUGGCUUGGAGUCUAGCCCUAUAUGGCCGUUAGGGGCGUGGCUUACAUCACUUGGUUUUGACGUAUUCCUUGACGCCCCUGAACCCCAGGAGAACAGCAGCUGGUAUAACUGGUACAGCACUCAUGUCCUCUCUUGUAGGAACAUUGUGUUGGUAUGUUCACCUUUAAUGUGCUCAGCAUUCAAUGACACACCAGCUGCUUCUCUACCGGAGAGAUACGUAAUAGCAGCUCAGUUAAUGUGUUCAAUAGUCAGAGGUCUUCAAGGUUCUGAAGCUAAACGUUCCUUGAGGUUUUUCCCUGUUUUGUUCUCGUCAGUUCCUAAUGUUGAGUCGGUUCCCAAGUUUUUUUCUGACGGUAGUAUUUAUGAUUUAACGAGAGACCCUGGGCCUCCUGUGGGUACUUUUGAUUCACAACGAGUUCGAUCAGCGUAUGAUACUUUAGUGUUUCAUAUUUCUCGUUUACCAGUUCCAGUCACGCCCACUUCUGUAAAAGAGACAGUGACCGAUGAAAUGAUUGAUGAGCUCCUGACACUUAAAGAAGGUUAUAUUGCUGUCUCUCUUACUCUACCAGCGACCACUGUACCACCAACCAGUGUACCAGUACCACCACCAAGUGUACCUAUCCUUCCCAUACCUACUCAACCUCCUGCAAAUCGAGUCACAAUCCUUUCUUCUCUAACCGCUAGCCAGGAAGUAGACCAGUCCACGUUCCUGUGGUUAGCCCAGAGAGUGGCCGAGUGGAAGUUCAUGGGUCGACACUUGGGGGUACCAGAGUACCAGUUGACUCACAUUGAGAGAGAGAAUCCUCACAGUAUCAGUGAGCAGGUGAUUCAGAUGUUGUACGAGUGGAGGAAAGCUACACUGGACGAGGCAGCGACCAAUCAGAAGUUAUUGGACAGUUUGAAGUUUUCUGAGAGCAGUCGGAUGUGUGAUGAGUUCAUUAAUUAUCUUGAGAAGAAACAAUUUUGAACGUAUUUUGUAAUUUUGUAUCAUUUUUUAGUUUCUCAUAAUAAUAAUUACAUUUUGCUCAAUCACAGUAUUGUUUAGUAAUUCAUCA